AUGGCAAACUUGUUAGAUUUGCCAUUUGAACUGCAUUGUGAAAUAACAAAUCAAUUACCGUUAGCAGCCCGAAUUAUUUAUCAAACUCAGAUUUGUAAACAUUUACGGAUCGUCUUCGCUGGAAGGUUCACUUUACCUCAACCUUCUUCGUUUCGAUUGGUAGAAUGGAGAAGGGCAUCUAGUGAAGUAGCAAAAUUCCUUCAACGUGAUGAGCAGCAAAAGUUGGAAGGGGAGGGAGAAACGCUAAAGGCUGUCACUGGAGAGUAUAUGCAGGUACCAACAUCGAAGAAGUCGAUAUGGGAUACCAGCCCCAGUUCAACACCUAAGCCUGCGCCUGCCAAACUUCGUGUGCCGUUUCAGAACAGCGAUGAGGUGUCAGCAUUGGCAGGCAUCACGAGUCAGAAGCAUGGCUAUGGGCUAGCAGCGUUAUCAGCCACUGGUCCAAGCGACUUUCUUAGCAUUGACGGAAACAUCUUGGACAGCUUACCUCACGCCGAUCACUCCGAUGUCGACCUGUUCGCGAGAUGCUUGAAACUCUUGGGCAGGCUGAACGACAACAGGCGAAAUAUACCCGAUCAACAACCUUGGCUGGCCACUCCACUAUUGGCCAUACCGAUUCGUGUCUUGAGUUUGUUGAGCAGGACUGGCUUUAAAGUAGCAAGCUUGAUAUACCUUUUGCAGAAUGUACCUGCUUUGCAUUCUGUCGAGACAAUCUUGAUGACAUCUGCUGGAAAUGCGGAAUUAAUACUGUGGUCCCUCUUUCAACCUUCUAGACAAGCGUUCCAAUGGCCUCAUACAGUUUCGCCCGUUGUGGAUAUAAAUGCAGAUGAAGAACGCAUCCCACUGGAAGCGAGUACAUGCUCUGAAACACAGGCCAUCGUCGUACCGGGGCCAUUUGCACCAAGAGGACAAGGAUUGCGAAGUGGGUUCAAGUGUUUGUGUUUUCAUCCUGCCCAUCAAAAUAUAUCGGACGGUGAUAGCAAGACACAACUACAAUUCACUACGGAAAAGGCAUUUCAUGUCAUCUUCCAUGAUUGGUACGACGAGGCAGAAGCAGAAGGCACACAAGAUAUGCUGCACUAUAGCGAUAUAACGUGCAAUGCUUGCAAACAAACAAUCGUGUUCUGA